AUGUCCUCUACUAGGCCGGAGCUGAAAUUCUCUGACGUGUCGGAGGAGAGAAACUUCUAUAAGAAAUAUAUAAGCUUACCGAAGAAACCAUUAAAGACCAUCAGAUUAGUAGAUAAAAGCGAGUAUUAUACAGUGAUAGGUGCAGAUGCCAUAUUUGUUGCUGAUUCAGUGUAUCAUACACAAUCUGUUUUGAAAAAUUGUCAAUUGGACCCUAUAACGAAGAAGAACUUUCAUGAGCCCGCUAAAUACGUUACCGUUUCGCUACAAGUUCUUGCCACUCUGCUGAAACUAUGUUUGUUGGACCUCGGUUACAAAGUUGAGAUUUAUGACAAGACUUGGAAACUAAUUAAGAGUGCGUCACCAGGUAACAUUGAGCAAGUUAACGAAUUAAUGAAUAUGAACAUCGAUUCGAGCAUCAUCAUUGCAAGCUUGAAAAUUCAAUGGAAUUCACAAGAUGGGAACUGUAUCAUCGGAGUUGCGUUCAUUGAUACUACGGCUUACAAAAUCGGUAUGCUUGAUAUUGUCGAUAAUGAAGUGUAUUCUAAUCUAGAGAGUUUCUUGAUUCAGUUGGGUGUAAAGGAAUGUUUAGUACAGGAUUUGACAUUGAAUCCAAACUCCAGUAACGAAAUACAGAAGGUAAUCAAUGUCAUUGAUCGCUGUGGUUGUGUUGUUACGCUAUUGAAAAACGGAGAAUUUACUGAAAAGGAUGUUGAAUUAGAUUUGACUAAGUUAUUGGGCAAUGAUUUGGCUUUGUCCUUACCCCAAAAAUACUCUAAACUUUCUAUGGGUGCGUGUAACGCACUGAUUGGCUAUUUACAGCUACUGUCAGAGCAAGAUCAAGUUGGUAAGUAUGAACUAACUGAACAUAAAUUAAAGGAGUUUAUGAAGUUAGAUGCAUCUGCCAUUAAAGCUCUUAAUCUUUUCCCGCAAGGUCCACAAAAUCCAUUCAGCAGCAACAAUUUAGCUGUCUCUGGAUUCACUAAUAGUAGUAGUAGCGGUAAGGUAACUUCUCUUUUCCAGUUACUGAACCACUGUAAAACAAAUGCUGGUGUGCGGCUCUUAAAUGAAUGGUUGAAGCAACCACUAACCAAUAUUGACGAAAUCAACAAAAGACAUGAUUUGGUAGAUUACCUAAUUGACCAGAUUGAAUUAAGACAGAUGUUGACGGCUGAUUUUUUACCUAUGAUUCCAGAUGUUCGUAGAUUAACCAAAAAAUUGAAUAGAAGAGGAAGCUUGGAGGAUGUUUUAAAAAUUUAUCAAUUUAGUAAAAAAAUACCAGAGAUUGUUCAAAUUUUUAGUUCGUUCAUAGAGGAUGAUAGCCCGACUGAAUCAGUAAAGGAUUUGGUUUACUCUACUUGGUUAGCUCCACUAAGUCACCACGUUGAACCUUUGUCUAAAUUUGAAGAAAUGGUUGAAACCACUGUUGAUUUGGAUGCUUAUGAAGAAAAUAAUGAAUUCAUGAUCAAAAUUGAGUUUAAUGAAGAAUUAGCGAAGAUCAGAAGUAAAUUAGAUGCGUUGCGUGAAGAGAUUCACUCGAUUCAUUUAGAUUCUGCCGAAGAUUUGGGAUUCGAUCCAGACAAAAAACUAAAGUUAGAGAAUCAUCACCUCCAUGGUUGGUGUAUGAGGUUGACACGUAAUGAUGCCAAGGAGCUACGGAAACAUAAAAAAUACAUUGAGUUGUCGACAGUAAAAGCGGGAAUUUUUUUUAGUACCAAGCAACUAAAGUCAAUUGCCAACGAAACUACUACUCUUCAAAAGGAGUACGAUAAGCAGCAGUCGGCUUUAGUUAGGGAAAUUAUAAACAUUACAUUAACCUACGGCCCAGUUUUUGAGAAACUAUCAUUAGUUCUAGCUAAUUUGGAUGUGAUAGCCUCUUUCGCUCAUGCUUCAUCAUAUGCUCCAAUACCAUACAUCAGGCCCAAGUUGCGUCCCAUGAAUUCGGAAAGAAGAACACACCUUAUAAGCUCCCGCCAUCCAGUAUUGGAAAUGCAAGAUGAUAUCAGUUUUAUUUCCAAUGAUGUCACAUUAGAGAGUGGCAAGGGCGAUUUAUUAAUAAUAACGGGACCCAACAUGGGGGGUAAAUCUACUUAUAUCAGACAAGUUGGUGUAAUUUCCUUGAUGGCCCAAAUAGGUUGUUUCGUGCCUUGCGAAGAGGCAGAAAUUGCUAUUGUCGAUGCCAUACUUUGCAGAGUUGGCGCGGGUGAUUCCCAAUUGAAAGGUGUCUCCACAUUUAUGGUUGAAAUAUUGGAAACUGCAUCUAUAUUGAAGAAUGCAAGUAAAAAUUCUUUGAUUAUUGUUGACGAGUUGGGACGUGGUACAAGUACUUAUGAUGGAUUUGGUCUCGCUUGGGCAAUUGCUGAGCAUAUUGCAGGUAAAAUUGGAUGUUUCGCUCUAUUCGCGACCCAUUUUCAUGAAUUGACAGAACUGUCUGAAAAGUUACCUAAUGUCAAAAAUAUGCACGUUGUAGCACAUAUUGAGAAAAAUUCAAACGAACAAAAACAUGAUGACGAGGACAUUACGUUACUGUACAGAGUCGAACCUGGUAUUUCCGACCAAUCUUUUGGUAUUCACGUUGCGGAAGUUGUACAAUUUCCAGAAAAAAUUGUUAAAAUGGCAAAACGCAAAGCGAAUGAACUAGAUGAUCUGAAAACCAAUAACGAAGAUCUAAAGAAAGCUAAAUUAUCGUUACAGGAAGUUAACGAAGGUAAUAUUCGUUUGAAGGCUUUACUAAAAGAAUGGAUUGCAAAGGUAAAGGAGGAGGGUUUAGAUGAUCCAAGUAAAAUUUCUGAAGAAACCGCUCAGCACAAAAUACAAGAGCUGUUGCGUGCUAUAGCAAGUGAACCGGAAAAUGAAAAUGACAAUUACUUGAAACAUAUAAAAGCCUUGUUGUUAUAA